GUGUUCAAUAUUGAAAUAGUUCUAACGGGUAUUUUACGACAAAAAUUGGAGAAUUCGGUGCUGUAUCGAGUAGCCCCAAUGCGAAGCCCGCUUCAACAGCCGUCCCCAAAUGCAAAUCAACAACAGUCUCUCACAUCGCAACAUCCACCUGCAACAUCGAACAGGACGCAAAGUAAUGCACAACGUGUUGCCACAUAA